AUGUCUAAAACCGACGCAUGCCUCCUCCACAAUCUUCUCCCGCCACUUCUGGCCACAGAGUUCCUGGGGCCGCUCUGGGGUAGCCUCAUUCUUCACCCCGGCAAACCCGACUACUCGUUCUCGUCUUUUAACCGGACACCACCAGUCCAAAUCCUGUCCAGCGUCGAGCCCAAGGGUCAAAGCAGACCCAAAGGGAGACACUGGGAUAUAUUUUGGGGCUCGGAUGGCGACUAUGACGAAAACGGCGACCCUACCGCUGCCGGCAUUCUCUCACCUCAUCUCCCGCCCCCCAACUCGGACCACGGGCUCAACCGCCUUGGUGCCUCUGGUGCCAUGGUGCACAUGACGGCACCGGCUGAUCGGUUCGAGGCGCUGCUGAAGAAGCACGAGUGGAGGAACCAGGCUUUGGACUUUAUCAAGAAGCACCCCGACGCCGACGUUUUUUUCGUCACCGACGUAUGGGUCGUUUGCAAGGAUCGCAAAACUGCCUACAAAACUGCUUCCAGCGAACCCGGCUCGCCUUCGCCCACCCCCCAAAACGGCGACAUAGAGGAAAAGACGCAGCCUGCCGAGCACAAUGAGCUUGUCAUCGAUUUCACCGUGCCGCAAAUCGCAUCUGUCGGCUGUUAUCCCGUCACGGUCAGCAAGCGGGUCGACGCGCUACAAACGGGCUUUAAGAGUUUACGGAUGAAGCUGGGUGCCCUCAAAGCCAAGGCCCUCUCGGCGUCGCAUGAGCUCUACGACAGGGAUACUGGAGCCACAUACGAGCUGAGCCUCGGAAAUCGCAUGGUUCGAGGCGACGCAGUGUUUCACCGCCUCACGGGCAAGCACAGGGCGGACACAGACGACAGACACGACAGAGAAGACGGUGAAGACGGUGAAGACGACAGACACGACAGAGAAGACGGCGAAGACGGCGAAGGCGGUGACGAGGGCGACGACGAGGGUCGUGUCGAUUUGGUGGAACAACUAGAAUGCGCACCUGGCUAG